AUGGCUGACAGGAUGGCGUUUCUCCUCUUCGGAGACCAGUCGUUGGACACACAUGGAUUCCUCGCAGAGUUCUGUCGCGAGGGCAACCCGAGUAUCUUGGCUAAGGCUUUCCUGGAGCGAGCGACUCAUGCACUUAGAGAAGAAGUCGAUGGCUUGACGAGGUUGCAGCAAGCCAAUAUUCCCUCUUUCAGAACGCUUUACCAGCUUAACGAGAAAUAUCACACCCAAGACCAGAAACACCCAGGGAUUGAUAGUGCUCUUCUUUGCAUUGCCCAGUUAGCACAUUAUAUUGACCGAGCCGAGAAAGAGCCUGAAGAUUGGACUGCCGAUGACCAGACCUUCUUCGUCGGUUUCUGCACCGGCCUUUUCGCCGCCUCCGCCAUUGCUUCUACGCCCACCGUUUCUACAUUGAUACCCCUUGCUAUUCAGACUGUAUUGCUCGCUUUCCGAACUGGCUCAUAUGUCGGGGCGUUGGCCGAGACGCUCUCUCCACACUCCUCCCAACCGGAGCCUUGGACUCUGGUUUUCCCAGAAGCCGGAGAAGAAGCAGUCAGCAAUGCUCUAUCCGACUUCUACAAAUCCAACAAUAUUCCUUCUACUAGCCGUCCCUAUGUCAGCGCCGUCUCAUCCUCAAACGUCGCCGUUUCGGGGCCUCCAGCAACCCUCCGGGCCGUUGUCGAGAAGCGCCUCUUCGGCUCCAAUCCCCUUCCAAUUCCUGUCUACGGACCUUACCAUGCCCAACAUCUUCAUUCGAGCGCCGACAUUGAGAAAAUGCUUCAGCUUGAUUCCCCUGGACUGAGCGCAGUUCUCGAGAAAGCGAAGCCGAGAUCGGCGAUAAUGUCAUCAAACGGAACCUGGUUCAAUGAGACCGACACAAAGGAACUUUUCAAAGCCGUCGUUUGGGAAUGCCUCAAUGAGCCACUUCGGUUCAACAGGGCAUUUGAGAGUUGCGUCCAGGCUGCCACUAGCUUCAAGGGACAUAGCUGUCUCGUUAUUUCUUUCGGGCCAACCCAGGCUGCUGAUACUCUGGCCAAAUUGAUCCAGAAUCAGACGAAGUUGGAUGUUGUCGUCCGAAAGAGCCUCAGAAUCCACAAGGAGAGCAUUGGCUCUUCAAUUGGAAACCAUGGUUCGCAACUUGGGCGGUGCCGCCUUGCCAUCGUUGGCAUGGCCGGAAGGUUCCCUGAUGCGGCGAGCCACGAAAAACUCUGGGAGCUUCUAGCGAAGGGGCUCGAUGUGCAUCGAGUGGUUCCCAAGGACCGUUUUCCGAUAGAGACCCACGUCGAUCCGACUGGAAAGACCCUUAAUGCCAGCCAUACUCCUUACGGCUGCUGGAUUGAAGAGCCUGGUCUCUUCGACCCUAGGUUCUUUAACAUGUCACCGCGAGAGGCUUUCCAGACGGAUCCCAUGCAGCGCAUGGCCCUAACCACAGCGUAUGAGGCGCUAGAGAUGUCUGGUUACGUUCCCAACAGAACCCCAUCCACCCGGCUAGAUAGAAUCGGCACUUUCUAUGGACAGACUUCGGAUGAUUGGCGAGAAAUUAACGCCGCACAGGAGGUCGACACCUACUACAUCACAGGUGGUGUCCGUGCCUUCGGACCUGGUCGGAUCAAUUAUCAUUUCGGGUUCAGCGGCCCUAGUCUCUGCAUCGAUACGGCCUGCUCAUCAAGUGCUGCCGCGCUUCAGGUGGCUUGUACUUCUCUGUGGGCCAACGAGUGCGAUACUGCCAUUGUCGGCGGUCUCUCCUGCAUGACAAACUCGGACAUUUUCGCGGGUUUGAGCAGGGGUCAGUUCUUGUCCAAGACGGGACCUUGUGCAACCUUUGACAACGGCGCCGAUGGGUAUUGCCGUGCCGACGCCUGUGCUUCCGUUAUUGUCAAGCGCCUAGAUCAUGCUCUUGCUGACAAGGACAACGUUUUGGCUGUAAUUCUCGGCACCUCUACAAACCAUUCUGCCGAUGCUGUUUCCAUCACGCAUCCUCAUGGGCCAACGCAGUCGAUCCUUUCGACGGCCAUACUGGACGAGGCUGGCGUUGAUCCCCAUGAUGUCGACUACGUAGAGAUGCAUGGCACUGGUACCCAGGCGGGUGAUAGUACAGAAAUGGUCAGUGUCACGAACGUCUUCGCGCCAGCGAAGAGGAAGCGACCUGCGGACCGCCCUCUUUACCUCGGCAGCGUCAAAAGUAACGUGGGCCACGGUGAGGCUGCCUCUGGCGUUACAGCUGUGAUCAAAGUCCUUCUUAUGCUCCAGAAGAAUGCCAUCCCCCCGCACGUUGGCAUCAAGAAGGAAAUCAACAAGACCUUCCCUGCAGAUCUCUCGGAGAGGAAUGUGAAUAUUGCUUUCCACAUGACCCCGUUGGUAAGGAAGGAUGGCAGGCCAAGGAAGAUCUUCAUCAACAACUUCAGCGCGGCUGGUGGGAACACUGGCCUGUUGCUCGAGGAAGGUCCCAAAUAUGAGCCUGCCAGCGCGGAUCCCCGAACCACCCACAUCAUUGCCGUGACUGGAAAGUCGAAGGCAGCAAUGAUUCGCAAUGCCGAGAGGCUAGUGGCGUGGAUGGAGAAGAACCCAGAUACCCCCGUAUCUCAUGUCGCCUACACCACUACGGCGCGCCGCAUCCAGCACUAUUGGCGCAUGAACGUAGCAGCAUCUAACCUUGCGGAAGCUCAAGUCUUGAUCAAGGACAGACUGAAGGAGAACUUCGUCCCCAUCUCGACGGAGCAGCCCAAGGUUGUCUUCCUCUUCACUGGACAAGGAUCCCAUUAUGCGGGUCUCGGAAAGGAUCUAUACGCCCACUUUGGUGUCUUCAGGGAGGCUAUCGACGAGUUCAACCGGCUUUCUCUGCUUCACGGCUUCCCGUCUUUCCUUCCCCUCAUCGAUGGCAGCGAGUCUGAUGUCCAGAACCCUUCCCCCGUUAUUGUCCAGCUCGGUCUUUGCUGUUUUGAGAUGGCGCUCGCCAGACUCUGGGCCUCAUGGGGCAUCAGGCCUGGCGCUGUCCUUGGCCACUCCCUUGGCGAAUAUGCCGCUCUCAACGUGGCCGGCGUCUUGUCUGCUAGCGAUACUAUCUACCUUGUCGGCGUUAGGGCCAAGCUUUUGGUCAACAAGUGUACCGCCGGUACCCAUGCUAUGCUUGCUAUCCAGGGCCCUGUUCCCGCAAUCAAGGAGGUUCUGGGAGUCCGUGGCGACACUGUCAAUGUCGCAUGCAUUAACGGCCCUAGGGAGACCGUUCUCAGUGGCACAGCAGAGGAAGUUGCCGAGAUCUCUCAGCUACUUACCAACUCCGGCUUCAAGUGCACGCAGCUCAAGGUACCCUUCGCGUUCCACUCCGCUCAGGUCGAGCCUAUUCUCGAUUCCUUCGAGGAGCUCUCGCAGUCCGUUGUCUUCCAGAGGCCGAAGAUUGCCGUUAUCUCGCCUCUCCUCGGAAAGCUCAUCGAGAAUGAGCCAAUCAACCCUCCGUACCUGCGCAAUCAUGCUCGCGACGCGGUCAACUUCCUCGGCGGACUCGUUUCCGCGCAGGAAGCCGGCGUCAUUGAUGAGAAGACUGCUUGGCUUGAAGUUGGCCCUCACCCGGUCUGCGCCAAUAUGGUGAAGGCUGCCUUUGGUGCUUCCACCAUUGCGGUUCCUACUCUCCGCCGGAAUGAACCCACCUACAAGACACUUCAUGCCAGCCUCUGCACCCUUCACAGCGCCGGCCUGAAUAUUGAUUGGUCUGAGUAUCACAAGGACUUCGACAGCUCUGUCCGCCUCCUAGAUCUUCCUGCCUACUCCUUCGAUGAGAAGAAUUAUUGGAUUCAGUACACCGGUGAUUGGUGCCUAACGAAGAACCGGGUUGGUACCAAGCCUGCCGCGCUAUUGGAGGCACCGAAGCCCAAGAUCUCUACAUCAGCCGUGCACAAGGUGACCAAGGAAGAAAUUAAAGGUGAUGUGUGCAUCAUCGAGACCGAGACGAACCUUUCCCGGGACGACAUUAGGCCGGCUGUAACCGGACAUGUUGUCAACGGAGCACCACUCUUCCCAUCAACAAUCUACGCCGAGAUGGGUAUGACAAUCUGCGACUAUGCCUACAAGCUGGUACGCCCAGGGACAAAGAAGAUUGGUGUCAACAUAUGCGAUGUCGAGGUCCCCAAGACCCUGAUCUUCGAUGAAACUCUUGAUGCUCAUAUUCUCCGAUGCACAGCUACCUGCAACCCUGCAAAAGGUACUGCUGAGCUCGUCUUCCAUACCCUGGAAAGCGGCAAGAAGACCGACCACUGCUACUGCAAGGUGUACUAUGAGGACCCUGAAGAGUGGCUUUCCGAGUUCGACCGCGUCAACUACUUGAUCAAGUCCCGCAUCGACCAUCUUACGGAGGCAGAGAAGGUAGGGAAGGCCUCCAAGAUCGGCCGAGGUCUUGCUUAUAAACUCUUUACCGCUCUUGUCGAUUACGAGGCUCCAUACAAAGGUAUGGAGGAGGUCAUCCUCGACAGCGACACCUGCGAAGCUACGGCGAAGGUUGUCUUCCCGACUUCAGGCAAGGAGGGUAAUUGGUUCUUCAACCCAUACUGGCUUGAUAGUUGUUGCCACAUUUCCGGUUUCAUCAUCAACGGAACCGAUGCGGUUGACUCACGAGAGCAGGUCUACAUUUCCCACGGUUGGGGUUACAUGAAGAUGGCAGAGAAGCUGGAUGGAGCCAAGACCUACCGAUCCUACAUAAGGAUGCAGCCCGUCAGAGGUACUAAGAUGAUGGCUGGUGAUGCCUACAUCUUCGACGGCGACCGCAUCGUCGGCGUUGUGGGUCAAAUUAAGUUCCAGUCUAUCCCGCGCAAGGUCCUUAACAUGGUCCUCCCUCCGCGUGGGAAAGCCCUUUCUGGCGCGGCUCCUGCUCCGUCCGCGAAGAAGCCUACUGCUGCAGCUUCUAUGCGACCCGCAGCCCCGGCAAAGGCACAACAGGUUACCCCCGCGAACAUUAGCACCGUCAACGCUAAAUUGGCCGGGUCCGUCGUCACCGCCGUCCUGGAUAUCCUAGCAAAGGAGAUUGGUGUCACCGAGGAUGAAUUGGCCGACAACAUUGCCUUCACUGACUUCGGAGUCGACUCACUCAUGUCGCUGACUGUCAGUGGGCGACUGAGGGAGGAGCUUGAGCUUGACAUAGACUCCAACGCCUUUGUUGACCACUCCACUAUUGGCGCGUUUAAGAAAUAUCUUGCCCAGUUUGAGACGUCGCAAAGGAAGGAGAGCAUAAGCUCCGACGGCUCAGGCGACUCCACUUCUACUCGCUCUGAUGCGGAGACCCCGGAGAUGGAGUCUGAGUCGGACAUCACCACUCCUCUUGAAUAUAGUGACAAUGGUUCUAUCAAGGGAGGUGACGCCUCCAGUGAUAUUCAGGAGAUCGUGAGAGGCACAAUCUGUGAAGAAAUGGGUGUCGAGGUAGAUGAAAUCAUCGCCGCUCCUGAUCUGGCAGCUCUUGGAAUGGACUCAUUGAUGAGCUUGUCGAUUCUUGGCACUCUCCGCGAAAAGACGGGACUUGAUAUCCCAUCCGACCUUUUCACCGCCAACCCUUCGCUCCUUGCGGUGGAGAAGGCCCUCGGAAUUGGGCCCCGGCCUAAGCCCGCCCCAGCAGCUGCAAAGCCUGCAAAGGUGGUCGAGCCCCGGCCCCCAAGAGUCAUCAACACGCAUCCUGGCAACACCACGGCCACCAUUGUCAAGCCGCCCCGCCCAGCCACCUUUGUAGAUAACUACCCGCACCGUAAGGCUACGAGUGUGCUCCUCCAGGGGAAUAUUCGCAGUGCCACCAAGAACCUCUUCAUGGUCCCCGAUGGCAGCGGCUGCGCCACCAGCUAUACCGAAAUCGGCGCUAUUUCGCCAGACUGGGCGGUCUGGGGCUUAUUCUCGCCUUUCAUGAAGACUCCUGAGGAAUUCAACUGCGGCGUCUACGGCAUGGCCCAGAAGUUCAUUACGGAGAUCAAACGCCGACAGCCAACUGGACCUUACUCUCUCGCCGGUUGGUCUGCCGGCGGCGUCAUCGCCUUCGAGAUGGUCAACCAGCUCGUCAAGGCCGGAGAUGCCGUCGACCACCUCAUCAUUAUCGACGCUCCCUGCCCCGUCACCAUCGAGCCCCUCCCUCGCAGCCUGCAUGCCUGGUUCGCCAGCAUCGGCCUCCUUGGUGACGGAGACUCGACCAAGAUCCCCUCUUGGCUCCUCCCCCACUUCGCUGCUAGUGUCACGGCUCUUAGCAACUACACGGCGGAGCCUAUCCCCGACGAUAAGUGUCCUCGAGUCACUGCCAUCUGGUGUGAGGAUGGCGUUUGCAAGCUACCUACCGAUCCUCGCCCCGACCCGUACCCCACUGGACACGCUCUGUUCCUUCUAGAUAACAGGACGGACUUUGGCCCCAAUAGGUGGGAUGAGUAUCUCGACUACAACAAGAUUCGUACGAUGCACAUGCCUGGAAACCACUUUUCCAUGAUGCACGGUGACCUGGCGAAGAAACUCGGUGAUUUCAUCAGAGCCGCCGUCACCGAAGCUUGA